AUGACACGACGUCGCAGGAAUACACCAAAACAACAAGCCAGAACAGAACUUGCAGGAGGAGCUCAGAAGACAGACGGCUCUCCGAGUCCGUGUGCACCUACAACACAAUACCAACAUUUCAUUCCACGAUUCAUAUUACGAAGAUUCCAAGUCGGUCCUGUGAAGUCCAAAACAGAACGACAAAAAGAAUUUCGACGCACCGGUGUUGAUCCUGAAUACGUCUACUACUAUGACAUUGCCACGGGUAGUCUUGACAUUCGUCCUAUUGGAAAGGUUUACGGCGUACAGAAUCUCUACCAGGACGUCCGAAACAUCUAUAAUAUCAACGAGCUGGAGGAGAAAUUAGCAGACCUCGAACGUCAUGCAGCCUCCAUUAUCAUGGACUUGCACAAAGCGCUUCCUCAGGGUACUUUCACUCUGAAGCGGAGGCCGCUAGAACUCCUGCGAAAGUUCCUAUUUAUUAUGCAUUAUCGCAAUGUAUCUUGCUCCAACACCUACUUUCAAGCGGAUCACCCGGAGAACGCAAGGGGCCGCCAGUGGAUUGAGUCCUUCAUGAAAAAGAAGGGUAUUCAAUCCGCUGUCGAGUUUUGGCUAUACGUCCUCAGAUACUACCUGGACACAUCGCAUUCAGACAUCAUGCGAGAUGCUGCAGAACUCAUAGAUAAGUACGGCGAAGAAGGUCUUCAAAAAAUGAUGACUGAAUCGCAUAUCCCACCUGAUCUCGAAAACCACGAUGCGUACACUUACCAUACUCAUGCGGACAACUACUUCUUCAGCAUCUGGGAAGCCGCGGAAGGGGAAGAAUUUAUCCUCACGCACAACACAUUUGGUUUGUGGGAAGGGUUGGGAGGUGGCUGCCCUGGCCUGCAUCGCAUAUUUGUAGUCAGCCCUCGCAUUGCCCUCGUCCUGCGGCAUGUGAUAUUGCGUCCAGAGAUGAAGGAAUAUAUCAAGCCGGGUUCGUUAGUGAGCUCUUUGCUUCACGUGAAUCCAGUACCACCCACUCCAAUUUACGCCAGCGGAGAACGCGGGGCACACAUCAACGACGUAAAUUUGCAAUCCGCGAUGUCACUUGCACGUUACAGAUCCUCCCAGGAAGGGGCGGAUGACAGUUUUGUGUUCAAGAUCACAAAGCUGUCGCGACCCCAAACAUCGGAGUUCAAUUCCGUUCUAUUAGUCAAUGUGACGAAGACGGGCUCUUUGACCUUCCUGUCAAGGAGGAGUAUGCUCCGCACCGUGCGUGCGUUC